AUGCUAUUAUAUGUAAAUAAUGGAAUAGUAAACAACACAUCUCAAAUCAAGCAUUAUAAGAACAUAAUGAAUGGAUUUUAUUCGAGAAAAAGAAGUGUAAGCACCUCAAAUGUUACACCAUCUCUGAGUUCAAUGAUGUCUCAAGUGAAAAGAAAGACCUCUCUGGUGGAGGAACCCCGACUGUCCAUCAGCAAGCGUCGAUAUUCGGACAAUCUGAGAAUAGAGACUCAUCCCUUGGACAAUCGCAAUGACGAUGCCGACAAUACUAAUAAUGAUGCCUAUGACGAAGACGAGGAGGAUCCCAUGACGGGUCAGGACAGCGAUGUUACACCCAAUGUAAAAUUACUUAAUAUUCACGAUUUAGAUUUAACGGACAACAAAUGGACACCAGAAUACAUUCAAUGCUUUAUAGAACCCAUUUAUUCACGUAGUAAGAGACAAGCCGCGAAGACUUACACGACAAACGAGACAAUAUUCACAAAAUUACACUACGAAUUAGAGCCAUGGCCUACUUCAAGAGAGAAAAAUGAGACUGAUGUUACAACAACGACGACCCUUCUGCCAAAUAGAAGAAUGAGGCAGAAAACAGAGAAUUCCAAUUUUUGGAAACUGCUGGCUGUUGAGACAAGUUGUAUACAAAAUCAGAGACUGCCUGAAGUUUACAUUAAUAACAGAACAAUGGCACAGUUAAAUGUAUCAAAUUAUAAGGAAUUAAACUACUCAGAUGACAUUAAAUUGGCCAUAUUGACAAAAUUGAAAUUAUGGACAGAAAAUAAUUGUAGGUCGGACCUCUUCGGUGAAGUAACGCCAUGGAAUUUGGAAUUUAAACUGGUCUGCAAUCAAGAUAGCGUUGUCACUGACUCAUCCAUAGUAAGAGCUCAUUCCAAUGUUGUUCCCUGGCUUCGUGAUAACGACAAAAAGAUGAUGAAGCCAUGUGGAAAAUUAAAACUAGGUAGAUCACACAAAAACGAAAUUCAGUACGUUGUAAAGGGAUGGUGCGAUUCACGAUUCACGUAA